GUCGUCGGAUACAUGUGGAACACAACGAGCACUGGAGCAGCCUCUCGCGUCCCAUCCCCCGAGCACAGUGCGAAAAAGUCUGUACAAAAAAUAGACACCACACGAAAAAACGGAGCCCCCCGUGCAUAUAAUAAUACUACCCGACAAAAAAUGGUAUAGCCACACGGCGAACGCGGAGAAACCUGCAAAAAAUGAGGUGUUAAACGGAAUUACGGUGCGGUAUUCGAAAGAGUGAAGUGUGCCGAGGCCGAAAACUGGGCCUGAAGUGAAAUCUAACGAAUACAUUAAUUAUUCAGGGCUGCCCCAGCCACCAGCUUACUAGUUUGAUAAGAAAUUUAACGAAAAUCUCACGGAGUAUCUGCACAUGCACGGUACAAAAGAUGGUAUAGCUAUAGGGUAGCGCCAACCGCAAAAACGAAAAUCAAACAAAGUUGACAAAAAGCUCACGCCCCUCUCUCACGUCCUUUUGGUUUUCGCGUAUUAUUUGGUGAAAGUGCAACAAACACGUAGAAAAGGAGAAAGGAGAAAGGGAGAGGAGCAGAGAGCAGUGGCAGAGCAGGUCCUGCAAAGGAAUUGCCGUCAUUAGGGGAUUACGGAUUUAUCGGGAUCCGUUCUCAUUAAAAUGGGUUUAGGCCCAUGCCGAAGUGCUGAGCUGCAUUUGUGCAUGGGAUUAUCGAUUGUAAUGCGCAGUCAUCAAAUUAUGUUUGAACAACGCCGCCGCAACAGCGACAGCAGCCAGGACAACAACAGCACCGCCAGCAGGGGCAGCCACAAACACUGAAUUGGCCCGAACCCUUUUGGCCCCCCUCGAACUCCACGCACGCCGCCCACGCCCCUGGCCGGCCGAAGGGAGCAGCGAAAAGAAGGAGCGUCUUAUGAAACAAUUGGAGCACCGGCCAAAGGAGCAAGGGAGCAGCCAAAGACAGGGACACAAGCGACGGCAAAGGCCAGGGCGGAGGCCGAGCGGGAGCAGCGGCCCAGGAGACGACAACAACAACAUCGCAUUUUUAAACGGCAAUACGCAAAGAUAUGACAAGUGAUGGUGCUGUUACGUUUUGGAUAUUUUUGCUUUGUUUGAUCGCCUCGCCGCACCUGAAAGGGGGCGUGGCCGGGAGGCCCGAUGAGCUGCACAUCGGCGGCAUCUUUCCGAUAGCCGGCAAGGGAGGAUGGCAGGGCGGGCAGGCGUGCAUGCCUGCCGCAAGACUGGCGUUGGAUGAUGUCAACAAGCAGCCGAAUCUGCUGCCGGGCUUCAAGCUCAUCCUGCACAGCAAUGACAGCGAGUGCGAGCCCGGCUUGGGCGCCAGCGUGAUGUACAAUCUGCUCUACAACAGACCGCAAAAGCUGAUGCUGUUGGCUGGAUGCAGCACGGUCUGCACAACUGUGGCCGAGGCUGCCAAAAUGUGGAAUCUAAUUGUGCUCUGCUACGGGGCCUCGAGUCCGGCUCUGUCGGAUCGCAAACGGUUUCCCACUCUGUUCCGCACCCAUCCGUCGGCCACGGUGCACAACCCCACACGCAUCAAGCUGAUGAAGAAGUUCGGCUGGUCCCGGGUGGCCAUCCUGCAGCAGGCCGAGGAGGUCUUUAUAUCGACCGUGGAGGAUCUCGAGAAUCGAUGCAUGGAGGCUGGCGUUGAAAUCGUAACUAGACAAUCAUUUCUUUCCGAUCCAACAGACGCCGUGCGCAACUUGCGACGCCAGGAUGCACGCAUCAUCGUGGGACUCUUCUACGUGGUGGCCGCCAGACGGGUUCUCUGCGAGAUGUACAAGCAGCAGCUCUAUGGUCGGGCCCAUGUAUGGUUCUUCAUUGGCUGGUACGAAGACAAUUGGUACGAGGUCAACCUUAAGGCAGAGGGCAUCACCUGCACUGUGGAGCAAAUGCGGAUAGCUGCCGAGGGACAUCUGACGACAGAGGCUCUCAUGUGGAAUCAGAACAAUCAGACAACUAUAUCCGGAAUGACCGCAGAGGAAUUUCGACACCGACUGAAUCAGGCGUUAAUCGAGGAGGGCUACGACAUCAAUCACGAUCGCUAUCCGGAGGGUUACCAAGAGGCCCCCCUAGCCUACGAUGCCGUAUGGAGCGUGGCUCUAGCUUUCAACAAGACUAUGGAUCGAUUGACGAGCGCCAAGAAGUCGCUGAGAGACUUCACCUAUACGGACAAGGAAAUUGCCGAUGAAAUCUACGCCGCCAUGAACUCCACACAAUUUCUGGGAGUCUCAGGAGUGGUGGCCUUCAGCUCUCAGGGCGAUCGUAUUGCUCUCACUCAGAUCGAGCAAAUGGUGGACGGGAAGUACGAGAAGUUGGGCUACUACGACACCCAGUUGGAUAACCUAUCCUGGUUGAACACUGAACAGUGGAUUGGCGGCAAGGUUCCUCAAGAUCGCACAAUAGUCACUCAUGUUCUACGCACCGUAUCCUUGCCAUUGUUUGUGUGCAUGUGCACCAUCUCCAGUUGCGGCAUCUUUGUUGCCUUCGCCUUGAUCAUCUUUAAUAUAUGGAAUAAGCAUAGAAGAGUAAUACAAUCCUCGCACCCCGUCUGCAAUACUAUCAUGUUGUUCGGUGUCAUCAUCUGUCUAAUAUCUGUCAUCUUACUGGGCAUCGACGGGCGCUUCGUCAGCCCCGAGGAGUAUCCAAAGAUAUGUCAAGCUCGAGCUUGGUUACUAUCCACCGGUUUUACACUAGCAUACGGCGCUAUGUUCAGCAAGGUCUGGCGUGUGCACCGAUUUACAACAAAAGCAAAAACUGACCCGAAGAAAAAAGUGGAACCUUGGAAGCUAUACACCAUGGUUUCGGGACUCUUAUCAAUAGAUUUAGUGAUAUUACUCUCAUGGCAGAUCUUUGAUCCGCUGCAGCGUUAUCUCGAAACAUUCCCACUCGAAGAUCCAGUAUCUACUACUGAUGAUAUUAAAAUACGUCCAGAGCUUGAGCAUUGUGAAAGUCAACGCAACUCCAUGUGGUUGGGUCUCGUCUACGGCUUCAAGGGGCUGAUCCUGGUGUUCGGCCUGUUCUUGGCCUACGAGACACGAUCCAUUAAAGUGAAACAGAUCAACGAUUCGCGUUAUGUGGGCAUGAGCAUCUAUAACGUGGUGGUUCUCUGUCUGAUAACAGCUCCGGUGGGCAUGGUCAUUGCAUCGCAGCAGGACGCGUCCUUCGCCUUCGUUGCUCUAGCUGUGAUAUUCUGUUGUUUCCUAAGCAUGCUGCUGAUAUUUGUGCCAAAGGUCAUUGAGGUCAUACGUCAUCCCAAGGAUAAGGCCGAGUCGAAAUACAAUCCCGAUUCGGCCAUAUCAAAGGAGGAUGAAGAACGCUAUCAGAAACUUGUUACCGAAAACGAGGAAUUGCAACGAUUAAUAACACAGAAGGAGGAGAAGAUACGAGUCCUGCGACAACGGCUGGUGGAGCGGGGCGACGCCAAGGGCACAGAACUGAAUGGUGCAACAGGUGCCGCCUCCGCCUCCGCCGCCGUCGCGUCAACUUCGCAGCCCGCUUCCCUCAUCAACUCAUCCGCACAUGCCACACCUGCAGCCACACUCGCAAUCACACAAGAUACUCAUGAGCAUCGUACAUGAAAAAACUUGUCAAUUUCCUUUGCGUGAUAGGUGAAUUAUACAGAAAACAUGAAAUGCAAAUAACGAAGCGAACGGAAGAUGGAUUUAAUAAAGCGCGUACUUAAUAAACUUUGUAUCAACUUUAAGCUGAGCUAAAUAAGUGAAUUGGUAGCAGCAAUUUUGUAGAAUAAUGAAAUAUGUAUUGUACCUUAAACGUGUUUAGAAUUAAUAUUAAAACGAAAUACUUUUAACUUAAAACCAAACCGGAAAACAAAACCAAAUCGACAUUAGCAUCUGAACUAAGCGAAUUGUUAGGCUUUAAAGUUGAAACAUGAAAACCAAAAACCUAGUAAGUCAAGAGAAUACCUAAGAAAUCAUGUUAAAGUUAGUAAUUUUUAAACGCAAGAAGGGAAAACCUCUGUUGUUUUUAGUAAAUACUGUUCUUGUUUCUUUCUAAGCCUAUGUUGCUCAGUCCUGUCUCCUAGAGCUCCUUAAAAUAGAUCUGCAUAGAUGAAAACCCUUUAAUGGCGGCCUUCUCCAUUCUUCUCACUUUUGAUUUACGUGUCUUUUCCGAACCAGGUCGCGGCAAUACAACCAAACUCCUAGACUCCGGGAAUCAAACUACGGAACGCUGUCCCUCUAGACAGGAUAUCCGGUUUGGUUCCCACCAUGUUAGCUAAGUUAGCUUUAGGCACUUUGUAUAGGAUCCCCUGUGUGUGUGUGACGUGUAAGUGUGCACUCGACAAAGUUUUAAUAGUUUACAUUUCAGCAAAUCGUAAAUAGCACAAAUCGAAUGAAACUCUAGCAAAUAUUAGAUAAUGAAAGGAUAUGUAUACAGUUAGCUUAGACUAGAGUAGCAUCAAAUGUUAAUAUAUUACGUAUUAUGGGUGGGUUAAGUGCUCAAGAAACGUUUUAAUUUUUAUGUACUGUUACACAUAGACAAAUUAAAUGGUAAUGAGAAAUUUUUGAACCUACUGUAAGUUCUAAAAUUGCAUUUAUAAAGUAUAUAUAUUAUACACAGGAAAUGGGAGGAGACCGAGCAUAAUUGAGGGCGUCGUUAUAUAGGAAUUGACUUUGUUUAAACUAAAGCUAAACUGAAACCUAUUGACAAAUUGAUUAACUCACUUGCAUAACACACAUUCUACGUAUCACUCAACCCACUCACCCUUCAACGAUACGGAACCGUUUAGAUUCAGUCACUCUCGCAUUCAAUUAAACACUAUAGGUAAAAAUCCAUCACGAAAAGUGCUAUAAGAAACACACAUAGACAACAUCAAAUUCCUACGAAAUGAAAGACUUUAAAAUCUAAGCCGUUGAAUAAAUGCAAACCAAGCAAAUGAAAUGAAUACUAUACACUCGAUAAACAAUGAUUAUAUAUAAAUAUUGAAGUAUAUGAAAUUUACACUUGGCAAAGAACAUCUCUAGUACAUUGAUAUUUGUUAAGGAUCGUUGGAAUUUGUAGUUUAAUCGGAUUGUACUUCACAUACGACUAGGGAACGCUCUUAGGGUAGCCGUGUAACUCGAGAUCAUGUAUAUUGUAUAUAGAGCAUUAGCUGCGCCUCCUGACACCACAGAAGAAUUACAGCCACGACAGCAACCAAAUCUACAAGUGCAACAGGUGACCGACCUUUGUUCUCGGAUCCGAAUCAAUUAUUUGCUUUGUCCUCGAAUCACAGCCGAAAGAAGAACUCCUAGUCACGUAAGACACAGUUUAGCCAAGCUAAUUGUUGUAUAAAUACGAGUAAAUAGAAGCAAAGUAAAGUAAAUCCAGAUUUAUUUCAAUGAACACGCAAGAAGCGGACUUCUACUGUUAGUGACAAAUUAAAUAUGAACCACAAAAUGGUAGCAAUAUGCAGGAAAACAAAAGGUCAAAGUAAUGAAAACUCGGUAUGUUCUUAUGAAUGUAACAUUAACGAAUUAAUUUAAAGUUUAAUAAAGCGGAAUAAAUGAGAAUUUUACUGAAUAAAAAACACAAAACAGAA